GCCAUAUAUGUGAUUAAUGUUUAAUCCAAUUAUGAACACGUGUUCUAAAAUAACUGUAAAUUCAAUUUAGUAGAUGUUAUUAUGUAUAAGACAAGACCAUAAAAACUUAAUAGAGUUAGGGAAAAGAAGUAGUUAUUUUAUUUAUGUAUCGUUGUUUGGUCUGUGAAAUUUCGUCAUGAACAUUGAAUUUACUAAAAUCAAGAGCUAACUAUAGUAGUCUUAAAAAUAUGGAUGUCACAGCAGAAAUUAAAGAAGAACUCAGAAACGAUAUAGAUAUAUCAAAUUUAUGUCGAGUUUGCUUAAGUACAAAAAAUUUAGUGCAAAGUUUAGAACCUCAAUUGUCCAAUAUAUAUGAAAAACUAACAGAAUUGAAGAUUGAGUCUGAAGGCAUAUUUCCUCUUUUAAUAUGUGACGAAUGUUUGACAAAACUACAAGAUAUAUCAAAUUUUAUACAAAAAUGCAAAAAUACUUAUAACUAUCUAGAAAAAAUAUUAAAAAAUAGGGAACAAGAUAAUAAUGAAACAGUCAUAGACGAUACAUUCGUGGACAAUGAUGAUGAUUCAGAGGAUAACUUUGAAAUUGAAUCACCCAGAAAAAAGAAUAGACUUAAAAAAUCCUCAUGUGAAACUUGUGGCAAAACAUUUUCAAGAUGUGGAGCAUUGGCAAGGCAUAUGAAAAUACAUCUAAAAAUUAAACCAUUUCAGUGUAAAGGAUGUGACAAAAGCUUCACGCAAAAGUCCACGCUUGAUAGGCAUUUUUUAACCCAUACAGGUGACAAACCUUUCCAAUGUAAUUUAUGUGACAAACACUGUGCCAGAAAAAGUCAGAUAAUCCAACAUAUUAAAAAGCAACAUUCAAAAGUUAAUGCAAAAGAUUAUAGUACUGCAUAUAGUGAGAGAGAUAAAAUGGUGUAUUUUGAUGACAACCAAUCUUCCAAACAAACUAGUACACUAGGUAUAGAUACGGAAGUUAUAAAGGAAGAGGAUGUGAAUGCAAAAAGUGAACCAAUAUUAGAACAAAUCAUAGAUAUAGAAGUACCCAAAAUGAAAAAGAAAAGGAUGGAAUUGUGUUUAUGUAAUCUCUGUGGUAAAGAAUUUAAGAGAAGAGAAUAUUUACGUAACCAUAUGGCGAUACAUAACAACAUCAAACCAUACACAUGUCAAAUUUGUGGUUCUGGGUUCACUCAAAGGCAGGCUUUAAGUAGACAUAAGCUGGUGCACACCAAAGAAAGACCUUACCAAUGUAAUAUCUGUGGAAAGACUUUUACUCGCAAAGAAAAAUUAACAGAUCACAUAAGAUGUCACGAAGAAGGUGUUGAUCCACAUCUUUGUCAGCACUGCGGACGAAGAUUCAAAGACAGAGAAUAUCUUAGAAAACAUUUGAGGUACUACCUUAUGGGUGAUAAAGGACGAUGGAAGAAAGAAGCUAAAAAAUGUUUGUGUCCAGAAUGUGGGAAAGAAGUUCAUUCGGAAGCAUACCUCAAAAUACAUCUCUUAAGUCACAAAGGCGAAAAACCAUUCAAAUGCGAUCAAUGCGAUAAGAAAUUUACAGUUAAUGCAACUCUUCAGCAUCAUCUCAACAUACACAAGGGAGUGAAACCUUUUGCAUGUCCACAAUGCACCAAAGCAUUUAGAACCAAUCAUUCUCUAAAAAUCCAUCAAAUGAUGCAUUCAGGAGUGCGUCCUUAUAAGUGCAAUACCUGUGAUAAAGGUUUUGUUAGAAGUAGUCAUUUAAAGAGACAUAUUCGACUUCACUAAUAAAUAUAUCAUGGAAAUAAUUUAUUGUACAUUUAAAUUAACUAAAGUAAGAUGGUGAAUUUUUCAACUAUUGAUCUCAUCUCAGUAUUAUCAAGAAUAGAGUAUACUAAGCCAAAUACCAUAAUAUCACUAUCACCAGAUUAAUCCUUCAGACGGAACAUCAAUCUCACAUAUGGAUAUGAGAAUUUAGCUUCUUUUUUGUGAACUCAGUCAAUAUUUUAAGGAGUUUAUUUACCUCAUCUUACUUUUUUUAAUAGCACACAAGACAGUGUUCUGACAUAAUAAUUUCCUAUUUGAAAUAAGGCAACAAUGCAGGAAUGUUACCCAGACAGAGAUACAACCUCUUGUGUAAAUUAUCUCCCACUCCUGAUAGGAAUCACUAGGAUCUGUUAAUCAUAUAGUUAAGUGAUACAAAGUUAAGAUUAAUACUCCAAGUUGUACACUGACCGCUCCUAAUGCUAACCAACGUCAUAGUUAAGUGAUUCCAAGUGUCCCUUAGACACUUAGUUACUUUUAUUUUAAAUUGAUGUGACUCUAACGAUCAUAAAUAUCCCGCAUGUUUCUAGUCGUGGAAAAAAGGCUGCCAUUUUCAUUUGCGAUCAGAAAUACCGUUUGCUGAUGAUGCUGUUUUAUGAUGAACUAACUUUUAUCUAGCGGUUUACGGACUUAAACGUCGUAUACCAAAUCGAUGGUGUUUUAUGUAUCUCUGUAUACAACAAUAAUAUCAAUCUCAAUAGACUGAUUUAGUCAUGUUAGAAAACUAACUAAUAAAACAGGACCCUCAUUGUUUUGAAUAGAGUCACUGUAAUCCAGCCAGAAUCGCAACAUAAAAAUACAGUGUGUAUCGAGGUAGUCUUUUCAUUUUAUUACAUAAUUACAAGCAUAUCAUGCUACAUAAUUAUUGGUAUUAGGACGUUACUCUUUAUAAAUUUCGAUAGAACUCGAAAAGUAAAAAACUAGAAUUUGUAUUAGUCAAAAUAUGACAACGGUUAAUUGUUCAUUCUGAUUGGAGGAUGAGCAGAAAUCAAAUCCACAUAUAUGAGCCGCUCAGUACAUCGAUUAACGCUUGACAAUUGAAAAAUCUCAAAUGUCGAAGCACUUGAUAUAGACAUAACUUUUUAUAUUUAUAAUAACUUUUCUAAAUAAAAAAGAUUAGCACCACUAAAGGGCAAAUUAUUUUGGCUAUUGAAUAAUAAGUAAUUUAUUUUUUGCCAUUUUGAUUUACUCCACACUCUAAUGUAAAUUGUUUCAGUAACGCUGUAUCUGCUCUGGCCGUACAUCAACGCUUUUUUUAAACAGCCAAAGAUGCUUUCUCCCUUUCAAUAAUAUACUCAAUAAAAUCGCAUCAGUAAACAGAUAAAAAGAAGCGCAAUGCAAACGUUAAUUAAUAUAGCAGUGAUCUCGCGCCCUGAAUAUACUACACAAAUAUUAUAUGGACUACAUAUUUUCUUGGUCUUUUCAACAAUUCUCCCAGAAUAUUUUUUAAGAAAUAAAUAUUAUACUGUUAUAAUCAAGAUGAGUGAAACUAAUAACGAUGUGGGUGAGGCAAACAGUGAAAAUUCUUCAAUACGUUUUAUCAACACACAGUCUGGUUCAAGAAGACGUUUAUCAUUUUCCUCGGAUUCAUCUGAUUGCAACAGUACAAACACAUUGAUUGGAAGGGGAAGAAGUCAUUAUCCUGAUAAAUGGAUACGAAAUUUACAAAGGCAUAACAGAUAAAAAAUUUUGGCACAUAGGAAUAUUAGAGGGAGGAAAUUUAAUACCCGCAAAAACAUUUGUAGAUAUACAAUGCAGAUGCCGUCAAAAGUGUAACCAAAAAAUUAUUUCGGAUGAGAGAGAAGCUUUCAUGAAGGCAUUUUAUAGUUUUCAUAGUCAACCAGACUAAAAUAUUUUCUUAAGAGGUUGUAUCAAAUUUAAUGAAAUAAAAAGAAAGCGCUCCACGAAUGAAACUAAAGAACGAAGAUCACAUUCGUUUAUAUAUUACUUUUGAACAGAAAUAAUUGAUAUUCCUGUUUGUAAAAAUAUUUUAGAGACACUUAUCAUGGAAGUGAUGGGCGGAUUGUUGAUCUAAAGAACAAGUUACAUAUUUGGUUGAUCAUCGCAAAGGCCGCGUUGCAAGCUAUAAAAUAGAUAAUACAAAUGUAAUAAACAUAUGAAGUCACUUCCAACCUACAAUGGUCACUACACUAGAUCUCAUAAUCCAAGAAAAUGUAUGCACUGUACGACACACAAUGUUAAAUAAAAAUGUAGCACCUGUCAAAAUUGUAAUGCUUUUCAAUGAAAAUUCAAUCUUCAGGCGAUGAGGGAAUUAAGAUGACAAAAAUUGAAAAGGAAACUCUCUUAGAAGAGGCUGAAUGGACUCGCAUUCAAAUGGCAGCCGAUCGAAUGGCAACAUCAGAAAAAAAUUGCGUAUUUUCUUUUGGACUUGGACAAAUCUUUAGCUGUUAUCAAGUUUACCACAUCCGUAGCUUAUUAUAAGCGAAGGGAAAAAUAGAGAGUUAUGAUUAACCUGCUAAAUUUCAUUCCUCAUAUUAAACAUGAUUACUAUAAAAACUUGACAACAAAUCGAAAUGACGGAUACAGCUGAUGAAGACAUUAUUUAUAAUAUUCCUGAAUGAUCCCAAAGAAUAAUGCCGCUAAUAUAAAGCUGCUAUGAAUUAAUCACAAAAAAUAUAUUAUAACAUAACUGCCAACAUUCUUUUUUGUGAAUAAACUAAUAAAAAUAUAUAAUAAUUAACUCUUUCUUUAAUAAAAAAUUUAAAAGUGUAAAGAAUAAAUUUAAUUUUAUAACUUUUUUCAGAUGCCAUAUUGAUUAACUCCACCAGUCACAUAAAAACUGUAACAUUAUUGACGAUUAUUUGUUGGAUAUUCUUUAUUAUUAAUUUUACAAACCAUUAGAUGAAAUCUAUAUCUGUAUUUAUGCAUUCUACAUUAUAUAUUUGAAAUUAUAUUAUAAAAGGAAUUUUAAAAAACAAUAUACAUUAUUUCAUCGCUUUUCUCAACUUUUUGUUUUAUGGAGUUAAUCGAUGUUUACACUGAGCGGCUCAAAUAUAAGUAAGCUAUUUUUGUAGUUUCAUCCGAAUAAAAUAGUAGCUAGAUCUAAAACUCUAGUAAAAUGUAUUUGCAUGACAAUUUGUUAAUAAUGUAAAAAAUGUCGUUUUUGAAUCAUUCCACAUUUUUAUAGUCUCGACAGUUUAUUCAAAAUGUGAAUAAGUAAUGCCUGUAUCAUUGAUUUUGUAUAAGCACAAUAAAAACUUGAAAUUUGAA